AUGCUUUUCCUCCUGGCCGAUUUCGGCUUCUCUCACGUGCACGCGUCCACAGAAGAAGAGAACAAACCUCUAGUACGCCUGGACCCGGCUACCCUCCCCCGGUACAACCUGACGCGUCAUUUUGGUUAUACGUCGAUCUUCGACCCCAGAAUCGAUGAGGACAUCGAAAAGCUCAGCAGGCAGGCCGAAGCGUUCAACAAGCGAUUCAAAGGCACCCUGGACUCCGCCCUUUCGGAGGCACUCGAGGCGUACGAGGAGGUCGAUGAAGCCGUGGACAUGGUGGACUACUAUGUCGCCCUCGUAUCUGCAGUGAACACCACGGAUGAAGCGAUACGACAGCGCGUGAACCAACUGGAGUCUCGAAUGGCCUCGGAGAUACAGCCGCAUCUUCUAUUUGUCUCCGUGGAGCUUGCGUCGCUACCGGAGGCGGCGAUUGAGAAGCAGAAGGCAGCCAACGACAAUCUCCACUUCUACUCCGGUUUCCUUGGGGCGGCGAGGCGACGCGCGCCUCACAUGCUGUCCGAGUCGGUGGAGCGCGCCCUCAUGGUGCGUAAGCCUUUGACGGUCACGACUGCCACGGACUACUAUUUCAAGCAACUCGACGAUGCGACCUUCCUCAUGCAGGGCGAGAGGAUGAUUCUGCCGCAAGUCCUCUCUUUCAUCAUGGACAGCCAACAAGAGCGCCGCUGGGCCGCGCAGGCGGCUGUCAAGCAGGGUCUGCAAGAGCACAUGAUCACAAAGUUCGGAGCGCUCAGCCUGAACAUUGUGCUGGGGUCGUGGUAUGCGGAGCGAAAAGAGAGAGGAUACCAGACAGUGCGUUCGUCCCGCAAUGUCUCCAACAAUGUGUCUGACGCAACCAUUGAAGCGCUCAUCAAGGCAGGCGAGACGGUCGCAGUUCAGCUGACGAAACGGUACUACCGGUUGAAGAAGCAAAUCCUCGUAAAAAAAGGUGCACUGACGACGUUCGAUUUCGCGGAUCGCCUGGCGCCGCUGCCCCUAAAAUCAAGCGGCCACGUUUUCGACUGGGAGGAAUCAACGAACAUUGUCAGGACAGCGUACAGUUCUUUCUCGCCGACCAUGGCGAAGCUAUUUGACCAGUUGCUGGACGAAGAGCGGAUUGACGCGCCUGCAGUCCCCGGAAAACGCACGCCUGCAUGCUACUUGGGCACGCCGACAACGGGGCCGUUCGUCGUUCUGCAGCACGUGGGACAGCAACAUUGCGUCGAAACUCUCGCGCACGAAGCCGGUCAUGCCAUCCACUCCAUUCUCUCCUACGAGCAAGGAAACCUGCAGCACGUGCCACCAUUGACGGUCGCUGAGAUGGCGAGCCUCAUGGGAGAGCGAAUUGUCUUUGACAGCUUGCUGGGGCGCACGACGGAUCCUGAGGAGCGCCUGGCUCUUCUGCUGAGUCAUAUUGAUGGUUGGACCAGCACGGUUACCCGACAGCUUAUGUUUGAUGACUUCGAGAGUAGAGUGCACGAGGCCCGCACUCAAGGGACAAUACCGGACGGCGCAUUCACAGCAAUGUGGAAGGAAGCUCUGGAGAAGUACUUCGGUGCUGAAGGCGAGGUUUUUGACAGCUUUGCAAACGCGGAGUUGGAUUGGGUCCGCAUUCCACAUUUUCAUCGACAACCCUUCUAUGUCCACGCGUACGCGUUCUCCGAGCUUGCGGUGGGAUCUCUCUAUGGCGUGUACAAGACGUCGCCCAAUGGCUUCGAACAGAAAUACCUCGACGUACUGCGGUCAGGAAACAAAAAGAGUUUCGAAGAGAUCAUGACGCCCUUCGGCCUGGACCCCUCCGUCGAGUCUUUCUGGGCUGAUGCCAUGAAAGCUACAGGAGGAGCGGUGAUGGACCAGGCCGAGGCCCUCGCAGCAGAGCUGGACUUAAUCUGA